AUGAAACAUUCCUCCUUCGAUCUGCCAGUCGUCUCAGUGUCCAGGGAACCCCACCAUGGUGCUGUCAAUCAGGGGUUUCAAGCCGAUGUUUCCCAAGAUGUCAACGAUAACAGAGAGAGACGGAUCCUCUCAGCGAAAGAAUCUAAUCAUCAAGUACACGCAGAUAGAAAAGUUACUGAAGCAGUUUUCAUAUCCGAUUAUGAAGAAGACGAAGAUGAUGAUGACAGCUACUGUGGAAUCGGUUCCUGGAGACCUAAAUGUAUGCAGGGUUGCAAGAACAUGGCGUGUUUCUCCGCCUUGUACUGUGCGAUUGGACUUGUGAUGUCGUCACUCAACUCUUACAUCAGCUCACAGAUCACAACUUUGGAGAAACACUUCAAUUUCAGCAGUGCCAUCAGUGGCUUCCUUAUGUCAUGCAACGAUCUCGGUUACCUCGCCACGACCUUGUCCAUUAGCUAUUACACCAGACAAGUCCACAUCCCUCGAGCAAUGUCUGUGUCUAGCGUGCUGUACGGUGUUUCUGGGCUCCUUUGCGCUGUGGCUUUCUUCUGCACCAGAAGCCAGAUCCCCAGUCCGCCCAGGGACGUAUUCUAUGUGGGAAACACAACAUUACAGCCAGCUGCAUCGACAAGCUUUACUCAGAUGUGCCAGAACGCCACCACGCCUACCAAUGAAAGCUGUACUGCAGGCUCGAACAGAUUCAAGGGCAAUUUUGAAGUAACAGAAGACUGGAGAAUUGGCGCCAUUUUCUUUCUGGCUAUUGGCAUGAUACUCCAAGGUUUUGCCAAGUCACCACGGCAGGCAUUCCUCACUACUUACGUCGAUGACAACGUUCCUAAAACAAAAACGUCUAUGUAUCUUGGAGUCACCAUCGGGGUGUCCAUCUUUGGCCCCGGUGUUGCGUUUGCACUGGGUGGAUUUUUCAGCAGCAUGUACGUCACGCUGGAGGAAACUAACAUAUCACCACGUGACCCUCGAUGGCUGGGUGCUUGGUGGCUGGGGUUCCUUGUCUUUGGCAGCGCUGGUAUCAUUGUUUCUGUUCCGUUAAUCUUCUUUCCCAAGCGCAUGCGCCGCACACGGACGAAACCACCAGCAACUGAACAGAGAAUCAAAGCGCGGGAUACUGGAUUGUGCGGAUUCUGGCUGGAAACUAAAGAUCUGUUCAAAUCAUUGCUACAUCUGCUUGCCAACCCCGUGUUCAUGUGUUUGACCUUUGCCAGCGUGUUCUACUCGAUCUCCGUCGGUGGGGUCAUGUCCUUCUUUGCCAAGUAUCUGGAAACCCAGUUCACCAUCCCGGCUUCAAGAGCUAAUAUGUUCAUAGGAGCUGUGACAUUUACCGCAGCACCGCUGGGAACCAUCAUUGGUGGCUUUUUGACGUCCAGGUUCAAACUGUCCCCAUUGGCCUGCCUCAAGUUUGUCAUCAUCUGCAAGACCAUCGACAACCUUGUGUCCUGUCUGAGUUUUGUCUUUGGCUGUGACCAGCCACAACUCUACCGUGGCACAGGGGCAGACAGCUUCAGUUAUCAGACCACAUCCCAAUGCCUAAACAACUGUCACUGCGAUGACCUGAAAUACUUCCCGAUCUGUGGAAGUGAUGGGAGAAGCUACUUCUCACCCUGUCAUGCUGGCUGCAUGUCUAUGAACAAUCAGAUAUUCUCCAACUGUAGCUGCUUGUCUGGAGACUCCACCCAAAUUGCCACGGGAGGCCUCUGUCAUCAAGACUGCAACAUGUUGUAUCCUUACCUGGCAAUGAACUUUGUAGGAGCGUUCACAUCUACUUUGUCCUUGAUGCCAUCUGUCAUUGUUUUGAUCAGAUCUGUUAAGGAAGACACUAAGCCGCUGGCUAUAGGAUUCAGUGCCUUCAUGUCCAAUCUGCUGGGCUGGUUUCCUGGCCCUGUGAUAUACGGCUACCUGGUGGAUUCAACGUGUCUGUUAUGGAGGACAACCUGUUCGUCAGUUGGAGCUUGCUCGUUUUACGACAUAGAACUUUUCCGUUAUCGGUUCAGUGGACUGUCGAUUGGUCUGAGAAUGAUCAUGUUAGGACUAUAUGUCAUAGUUCUGAUUUAUGUUCAGUAUUCUAAACAGUAUGCCUUUCAAGCACACACAGACAAUGUUUCCGAGAGUGUGAGUCCAGAUGAGACAACGAAAGAAAAGUCUACCAAUAGUGAAUUACCUGUAAAUUCUAAUUCAGAAUUAGAAACAAAAAUGUAA